AUGUCGGCCAGCGCUUCCAGUAGAGCCCCCGCGUCCGCCGGGAACAGGGUACUACCUCCUGCAACCGACGCUACGGUGCGGUUCUCGCCGUGCGGGCAGUUUUCCCUGACGCACGCCCAGAAAAACCAGUUCAAGGUCUGGAGCACCCGGGACCAGAAAUGCCUCUUCGCCCACACGGACGCGGCGGAGAUUUACAAUCCGCAACUCGCCGGUUGGUACUGGAUCGGGAGCCGGCACAUUCUCGUCCUGGGCUGCAAAACCUCCGGACACCUGCAAUUCUGGGAGUUCACGGACGAAAAAGCAAACCUGCUCGGGACCUUCACUGAGGUAUAAUUGGGUGGGACCAGGAACAACUUCUCAUAUCAGAUCGGACAUUUUUGUAAUCGUGCACAGCAGGACUCGUCUGGUCUUUGCGCGUAUCUUGUCAAUGCAAAGCAGACAAGCAUGCGCUCAGUACCAAUCGAUAAAUGUCACGCCAGGAUGUUGUGCAACUUUUGUUCACCCCGACCGCAUCUUGCAUUUUGGUACUCAUUUUGAUUAAGUAUUUGGAAGAUGCACCUUGGCCUAAAAAUAAAUCACAGCUCGCCAACGCGGAGGCCACCUGCUUGGCAGCGCACGCGGGGCGUAACAGCGUUUUCGUCGCCACCAAGGGACGGGUUGUGGAAGCGGAUGUGGACAGUCUGCAGGUGAAGCAGACGAUCAAGACGAAAAAGGACGUGGUGCUGCAGAUGGCGGCAAACGCAGAGCGUUUGGUGACCGUUUGCGCGACGAAGAUUCGGGUACUAGAGGAUUUUCUCAUACUGAUUUCGAUUUUGCACACUACAAAUUUCUAUUUUUUCCCGCACACGAACACGUCGUACAAGAUGCAUGACAGGCUUGGUAGAGCAUCCCACUUGUGAUGGUGCAAAGAGUUGAAGAAAGGUUUAUUUGUCAUGCAGUGGACACCAACACGGUAGAUCGCAUUUAAAGAAGAACGACAACUACCCAGGUUUACGCCGUGUCGGACGGCACGUGCACGUCCAAAUUUACCGCCCCGGUGCACGCGUGCACCAGUGUGGCGGUGAGUGGCUCCAAAAUCGCGGCCUGCGAUUCCACGGAGAGCGUCUCCCUGUACGACUACAACGACGAGGCGUUCGCCACCACGCUGAGCACCGGUCUGCAGCUGCCGCUGCGCAGAAUCGUUGCCGUAGAACACCAGCAUCAAGAACAUGCGGUAGGAACAUCAAGUGGUGAGACAAAGAACACGACGAGACAAGCAAACUGCUUCGUCGCCCUGACCGCGGACGGACAGCGGGGGUUUGUCUGGAACGACGUGUCCAAGGCUGCGGCGAACGCGCCGGCCAUGCCCGACGCGGAGAUCUGCGCCGGAAAUGCCGCCAAGCCGGUAUGAUGUAGUUCUGGACCUUUUUUUUCGAUGUAUAAAAGCUAAAGCUAGAAGUGCUGGCGUUCUUUGUUAAGAGAUCUAGCAUUUACAACGACCCGUUUGACGAAAACCAACUGGAUGAGUACUGACUUCUUCUCACGACGGACCGAUUGAUAUGAUGAUGAAGAUGACGGACGUUGAUAUAUUAACAAACACGACUGACAGAUUCUCGGCCUCCAGCUGCUUUCCCAGCAACAUGCAGUCGCAAAAAUCACCCUCGCCCGGGGCAGUCUCGUCCUGCCGGAGUUUUUGGUUGCCGAAACUUCCAAUACGAAGAAAAAAAUCGAUCUGGAAGUAGGAAGUAGCUCGACUGUUCUUGGAGCAACAGGGGAACAUCACAGCAAAGACCUGACAAAUAGCAACAAGCGGACACGCGAUCAUCUUAAGCAAGGCGAAGAGCAGCAGCCGGACUUGUCCAAGCCAGCCAAGGUGCAGAUUCUGGAGGUCGCGGCGAAGCAGGCCAAGACGCGACCCACGGCGGCGGGGGCAGGAGGAGGCGUGGGCGGGUCGCUGAUCGAUGAGGCCACGGUGAAGUACAUGAAGGACAAGGAAGAAGCGGUCGAGCGGGAAAAAGUGGAAAUUUUGAACGAGAAAGCGGCAAGCAGCAGCGCAACGGGAGCAGGGGCCGCGGGCAUGAUCACCGUGGUGUCCAGCGUGAAGCAGUAUCUGAAGUCAAAGGACGCGAAAGGUAUUUAUUUUGCCCUCAUAGAAAGUUUUUCCUUUCACCCUUAAUGUCAUUUUCUGUAGUUUUGUAUUGCUUUCUAUGGCGUACGUGUAGGAGGUCGUGUUUAUACUUGUCAUUUGUCAACCCACACACGACACCACAGCCCUGGCCACCGUGCUGUCGCAGAUCGACUCGAAGGUGAUCAAGCGCAGUACCGGGGAGCUCACCAGCAAGGAAGCCUUCGAGUGGUUUUUCGAGUGCCAAAAACUGCUGUCCACGCAGCCGCACCGGGCGAACACGGUGCUGGACUGGAUGCGGUGCGUGCUCACCACGCACUGCAGCUACCUGCUGAGCAACCCGGAACUGAAGGACCGACUCGAGCCGCUGUACAAAUCGCUCGAGGAGCGACUGCAGGCGGCGGAGCCGUUGCAGAGGAUACAGGUGACGAGAAGUUUUUUAUAUUGGGAAAUGAUGUGUGUUUGUAAGCAUAAGGAAAGGUGAGGCGUUCUCGGGAUCUUGUUGUAUAUGAUGGUGCGCAUGAUGUGGAUUUAUUGGCCAUGCCGAACAUGAUGUAUGACGCGAAUAAACGCUUUGACGUGCCUACAACCAAGCAGGUUUUUUGUUUCCUUGUCGCACAUGAAAUAUUUUUCAUCGGUUGCAAAAAAAAACAGGGCAAGCUGGAUCUCCUGCUCUGCACCGCCCGGGAACGCGCGGCCGCGCGCGCAAAGACCGACGAGGCGGCGCAGACCGCCUGCAUUGUGUACGACGAAGCGCAGGAUAACAUGAACGGGGAAGAGAACAAUGACGAGGAAGGAACCAACGACGACAGCGAACUGAGUGGUCUGGAUGCCGACGACCUGGAAGGGCUACUCGAUGACGACGCCUUUGACGAAGCGCUUCUUGCAUAAACGAACUACUGCUGCGAUGAACCAAAAUGCAGGAGUAGAGACCAUGACCACCUGAAUCAUAAUAUUACAACGCUGGUAGUUUUAAACUUAAACGCAAAGCGAAUCUUCGCGAGCAUGAAGAUUGAUGAUAAAAUAAGAUCCAUGUGGAGUUGUUCGCUC